AUGCUGCUCUCUAUAUUUCCUCUCUUCUUCAGUCUAGCAGCAGCUGCUUCCUGCCCUUAUGCCUCUCAGCCGAAGACGAGUUCCUCCUCGAGCUGCCCGUAUGCCAAUGCCGCGCGCGACCAGCCGUCGACUCCUAUCGCGCGUGACGCCCCCGCCGAUGGAAAGGAAGGCGUCUUCUUCAUGAACCGCAUUGCACCAUCCAUAUCUGAGCUCUACAUCGCCAAUGCUGACGGCACAAACGAGACUCUUCUCCUCGGCAAUAGCUCUUCCUUCGACUACCACGCGCAAUGGUCCCCAGACGGCCAGUGGAUCAUCUUCACCUCUGAACGGAACGGUGACGGUAACCCAGACCUCUGGCGUGUUCACCCAGACGGUACCGGCCUCGAACAAGUCAUCGCUACCUCAGCCGUCGAGACAGCAGCCUCCGUGUCUCCUAACGGCACAAUCGUCGCUUUCCAAUCCACCGCCGUCAAUUACAAAAGCAAUAUCUGGCUCCUCGACCUCACCACCGGCUCCUCGUGGAACAUCACCAACACGACCGAAAUCGCCGGCAACUCGAGUCUCCCUGAUGGCCAUUUCCGUCCAGCAUGGUCUCCCGACGGCGAGUGGAUCGUCUUCUCGUCCGACAAGGACACGCUCUGGCGUGGACACGGGAACGGGUCUGGUUGGGAGCAUACGCAGGAGUUAUCCAUCUACGCCAUUCGUCCCAACGGCUCCGACUACCACCUCGUUGCGAACAAGACCGGAUACUGUCUUGGUUCGCCGAAAUUCUCUCCUGAUAGUUCGCGCGUCGUUUACUACGAGAUCACCACCGAGGAUACUUGGGGCGCUCGUCGUCCGGAGGACGUGGACAUCACGAGCUCGCAGAUUGUUUCCGUCGAUUUUGCCACUGGCGGUGACCGGCUCGAGCACACCUCUGACGUCGGCGUCAAACUCUUCCCCCAAUACCUCGACGCGAACACCAUCGGUUUCCUCCACAAAACGAACGGCACGGAUGCGCAGGGCUUGAACUACACCAGCGCCUUCGUAAACGGCACCACCAACCUCACUGCCGUCGAGAUAACUGCACGCUCUCCCGCUUGGUCGCCCGACGGUACCCAGGUCGUAUACGAGAAGACGGAGUGGUCGCCUAUUCGCGCCCAAGACAAGGUCAUCUACAGCUGGGACGACAACUGGGAGUACCGUUUCUCCGACGUAUUCCCCACGCUUUCGCUCCAAGGCCAGCUCGCUAUCACGCAAAAGCAGCUUGGAAACGCCUCGAUCGUCACUAUGCAGCCAUCGGGAGACGAUCUGGCACUCAUUUUUGAUACCUAUCAGACGGGUCAGAUCGAGAAUUCAGUGUCGUUGCAGGGCUUGGCGGGGGCUUUCCAGCCGGAUUGGACGACGGAUGGGGAGUGGCUUGCGUUUGGGUUGGGUAACUGGUUCUUCGAACGCUCGGUUGGGACGGCGUGGCUUUACCGUGUUACUGCCAACGGUUCCGUAUACGAGGAGCUCACGGACGGUACUUACAAUGACGGUUUCCCAAGCUACUCUCCUGACGGCAGCAAGCUCGUCUACCGCUCCUGGGACGUUCAGAACGGCCCACGCGGUCUGCGCAUUAUGGACCUCGAGACGAGGAACAUCACCACGCUCACCACCGGCUGGGACAACCUCCCGCACUGGCAACCCGGCGGCGACCUCAUCCUUUUCACCCGUCGUACCUCCGUUCCAAAUGAGAACGAGUACGAAGACAAUUACGAUGUCUGCACCAUCAACAGCGACGGCACGAAUUACAAGGUCCUCACCACUUCUUUGGCGAACGACGCGCAUGCUGUAUGGAAUGGAGAUGGAACCAAGAUCCUGUAUUCGACGGGAGAGUUUGGGUUCCAGGAUGAGGCGGCUAUUUACGAUGACACGUUCCAGCAGUAUGGACAGAUUAUGUCGAUGGAUUAUGAUGGUGCGAAUAAGGUGGUAUUGACGAACGGGAUUUGGGAGGAUUCGAUGCCGCUUUACGUUCCGAAUUCGUACUGGUCGUAG